AGAAGGUUAAUCCAAUUUCUCAUGGGGUUGAACGAGAUUUACACAGUUAUUCGUGGGAGCAUACUUAUGAUGAAUCCGCUGCCUACUAUGGCUCAGGCCUUUUCUCUGUUAGUCCAGGAUGAACACCAGAGGGAAAUUAAGCCUUCUAACCAUUUUAAUGUAGAAGCUACUGCUUUACAUGCUGGAAACGUCAGGCCUUCUUCAUCAAAUGUCAGGCCUUCUUCAUCCUACAAGACAAACUAUGCUCCUACUGGUGGUCACUCUCAGCUUCAAUACAAGGACAAAUUCUGCACUUACUGCAACAGGACUGGUCAUCUUAUUGAGAAGUGUUAUCAACUCCAUGGAUAUCCAACUAAUUCAAACAACCCAAGCCCAAAUCAAAGAAACAAUCCAACUCCGAGGCCUAAUACUUUUCGCAAGGGAAAUCAGAGGACCAACAAAGGAUCUGGCAAUAAUGUUGUAGCAAAUGCUAAUUGCACACCAGACUUUACCCCUGGCAAAAGAUUAGAUGAGGAGAUGUACAAUGUGAGCCUUACCAAAGACCAAUAUGGUCAUGUUCAAGGCAUGCUUCAGCAAUUCCACAGGGAACAUGAGAAUGAGGGAUCCAACAACAAUCCAAACCUUGCUAAUGGACCAGCAACUGAUUUUGCAGGUAUCAUAGUCUGCACUUCCUCUAUUGAUUUUGGAAAACUGUCAUGUAAUUGUUUCAAAAACAAAUCUGACUCAUGGAUAUUGGACUCGGGAGCCUCAAACCACAUGACCUUUAAUAUGUCUCUACUACACAACAUCACACUUUUACCAUAUCCUUUGUUAGUUGCCUUGCCUAAUGGAUACAAAGUUAAGGUGACUCAAGUUGGUAGUGUGACAUUAGGGCCCAUGAUCAAUUUAGAUAAAGUUCUGUAUGUGCCAUCUUUUAAAUAUAACUUGAUUUCUAUUCAUACUCUGACUGUUCACUCAAAAUACACUGUUAGCUUCACCAAAACUUCUUGUUUCAUGCAGGCCCCUUCAAUGAAGAGGCCUCUGGUGAUUGGUAGUGCAGAAGAGGGUCUAUACUUCCUGUGUCCAAGUUGUUUGAAGAACUCUUUCAAUAUUUCGAAAUGUAGUAGUGUCAUUCCAAAUAAUUCUUGCAAUAACUGUAGUAACAGACAGUCUAUUCAGACUUUAGAUAACAAGCAAUGUACUCCUAUUCUCAAUAAAGAAAUGUCAUGUUCUAUUCCAUGUCCAGUUUCUUGUACUUCUAGUUCUCAAACAUGUGCUGGAAAUCAUGUAGACAUUGUGUGGCAUAAUAGAUUGGGACAUGUCCCUUUUGUCAAAAUGAGAGAUAUUUCCACCAUCCCUGUGAAGUUCUCAGCCAAGCAACCUUUUAUGUGUUCCAUUUGCCCUAUGGCAAGACAAGAAAGACUACCUUUUAAACCACGAACCACACUAACCUCACACACUUUUGAAUUACUUCAUGUUGACUUGUGGGGGCCUUACCAUACACCAACACAUAACCAUUUUAAAUAUUUCUAUUUCAUUGUUGCAGUCACCUUAUUUCAUUGAUAUUUUGGAUGUUUUUGUUAAAAAUGGCACA